GCUGGUGGUAUCGCCAUUGAUCUCGGACGGGAAGAAAUCGGAUUAUUGUUUGAAGAUGACCAUAAUUGCGAAUCAAAAUUGUAAUUUGUUAACGAUGGAUUUUGUGGUAAUUCAGGAAAACUAGGAGGAGAACGACUGCAUCUUGGAGAACUAUUUAUGCGAUCAGGCUCUUUUAAACACAAGUAAAUAGUAAGAUACAUAAUAUACAACGUUUGAAAAUAAGGUUUCUAAGGUCGCGCGCAAUUCAAUACAGCAUGGCGGCCAUAUUGACUAUGUUCUCCCAACCCAGUACCAAGGAUGUUUGUGCGUGCCUGGCACCACUGCUGUUACAGCGCGGUCGUUGUCGUUGUUAACGUCGUCGUUGUCGUUAUUCUUACUAUCGUUGUCAACGUUGUUCCUGUCGUUGAAUUAUAAUUGCCGUUGACGUACGAAGAUAUCGAACAGUUUAAAACGUGAUCGUAACACAUUGAUAGGAUUAACGCUUUCUGUAUGCGAGAUGUCAAAUCAAAUAUGUCUAAAAUGGAACAGUUUUUUAAACAACAUCGCAACGAGUUUCGAAAGUCUUUGGGAAGAGGAAGGUUUAGUAGAUGUGACAUUAGCAAGCGAUGGACAGUGUCUUACUGCUCACAAAGUGAUUCUCUCAGCAAGUAGUCCUUUCUUCAAAAAAGUUUUCCAGACCAACCCUUGUCAACAUCCAGUUAUAAUACUUCAAGAUGUGCACUUCAGUGAAUUAGAAGCCUUACUUAUAUUUAUAUAUAAAGGAGAAGUAAAUAUCGAGCAGAAAAAUUUGCCAGCGCUUUUAAAAGCUGCGGAGACUUUGCAAAUUCGUGGACUGUCUGGAGGAGAUAUAUUUGCUAAGGAAUCUUAUAAAAGAUUAGUAGAAUUAGAACAGGCAGUAGAAGAAGGAACGGUUACUGCCAAAGAAGAAACUCCAAAAAAAAAACAAAAAUUGAACAAACAUCAGAAUUCUAUAUUAGAAUCAGCACUGACACCUAAAGCGUCACAAGUAGAAAGUACAGAUGAAUCCACAGCUAGUGAACAAAGUGGCAAAGAUGCAGAUUAUUUAUUGCAGAAAAAUAUGCAAAAUCCAAUAUAUCAUCGUUUAGAAAUGAAGAUAGAACCAUUAGAAACUGUAUUAGAAGAAUCUCAGAAACAAUCUACAACAGAAAAGGAUCCGGCAGAAAGGUUAGAUACAGGGCAGCUCGAUGGAAAUCAAGGGGGAUCCGUGUCUAAAGCAGGCUGUGCUCUGAUGUGUGUGGCAGGGUCUGGGAACAGCCCUGUUGAAGAUAUUUCCGGUUUAUCUGGGUUAUCCGGCCUAACUGGAUUCUCGGACGUGAAGCCACUGCUAUACGCGUAUCAGCAACUACCUUACGCCGAUCUUCUGCCAAGUCCGGAGAUAAUCUCAACGUGGGCAUCCUCUCGACCGAUGGAUCAUUUGGCCUGUGACCUUAUGAAGAUCCUUUUUACCACGGAGGAGAGGAUUCUCUGUAACGUAAACGGCAAGAUGGGAAAACAACAGUUCGAUAGUAACAAAAUACAUUUGAUAAGAGAAGUUCUGUUGCACUUCAGUGGUAUUGCACCUAAUAGCGUCGAAUGGGAGGAAACGUGGAAAAAUUGCGUAACUAAAAUCGAUACUAGCAAUAGGGGUUUGAAGAGGUAUCUAUUCCAAAGGCGGUCGGUUUACACUCAAUGACUAGGGCGUUUCAGGUCAGGGGUAAAACGGAAACGUUUUCACUGGCUAGAAUGAAGUGUUUCUUUCGCUGAUUCGUCGUCUCGAUUAUCUAAGAUCAUCUAGGAUCGUCUUAGAUCGCCUCGAAAGUUUUCAUAUCCUUUCUUUUUGAAGAAGGAUACGAAUAGGUGGAGCGAGAAAAUUCAAUGAAAAAAAGUAGAACGUGUUCAGACAAAGAGUAGAGGAACGGAAAACAUUCUAGGCCAAUGGUCCAACUAUUUAUACGCUUCACGUUUGCUUUCAAUUCACGGGGCAAAUGAGUAAUUUUAUAUUAAUUUUACAACUAUUUUUCGUUUUGAUAAUGAUCACGCAACGCGUGCUCCGAAGACUUGUUUCACCGCUGAAAAAGUUGAUUGAUCGUUCCAUUAUGUGAUUCCCUUGAUUUUCUUUUUCCUUGUACCUUGUCUCUCGUACCUUGUGCAAUGCAACAUUCCUUCUAUUUGUCCGUUUACAAUGUUCACGCAGAUGUGCACUUUCGUCAUAGACGAUCUACGUAACACAUACUAAUAGUAAGCGCGUUGUGUCGUAAGGACUUGCGGAGAUUUUUUACGCUCAAAAAAAAAAAAAAAAAAAAAAAAAAAAAUACGAGUAUACCAUCACAUGCAUUACUGUACGCGCGUAGAUGAAAACGUAGGUGUACGUUUACCGAUGUACAUGCUAUAUACGCGUGCAAACAUAAUUGCGCUUCGCAUUAUUGACAACAUUAGAAAAAGACGACUACGUCAAAGCUCUUACGAUGGGAGUAAUAGUGUAAGAUAUAUGCUUUUAUGAUAUUUAAGGCGUUUAAUAUGCGGAGACCUCACGCGAACGAUUCGCAGUUAUCGGUGGCGCACUAUUUUUUCCUAUCGUUUAUUUUUAAUCAAACGAACAGACAAAUCUGAUUUUCGUAUUUACUUGCCACCUUUCUGUUUUCCUCGUUUGAUCUCGCAAAGGUACGAAACGCUUCGAGUUGACUGUUAUUUAAAUCUAUGCGAUUGUAGACAAAAUACACACACAUACACAGAAAUGACUGGUUGCAAAUAAACCUAUUUUACAUUUUUAA